AUGGAAAAGCUCAUCAAACCUUCCCCUUCAUCUGCCUCCAUCCCACUUACCCAUCWUACUCAUCACUCCCGAGAUUCUUCAAUUCUCGACAAACUUGAAUCGUGCAACUCCUUAAAACAACUCAAACAAAUCCAYUCCUAUGUCAUCAAAACCUCAAGAUCACCUCAUCAAACCCAACAAUUGCUGUACACCAGAAUCAUCUCCAUUUCUGCUACAGCAUCCACGCACAUCYCUGAUAUCACCUACAUACACUCUCUUUUUAGUAAACUCKAGAACCCGAGCAUCGAUCUUUAUAACACCGUCAUAAGAUCGUUCAUUAAUAAGAAUCGCAACCCUCUGAUGGCAUUGUUUUUUUAUAGUGAUUUGCUUGUGAAAGGCUUGGUUGGGGAUAGUUUUACGUACCCUUAUGUCCUCAAGGCGUGCACGCUUUUGUCCACCUUGAGAGUAGGCRAACAGAUACAUUCUCAUGUGGUGAAAACUGGGUUUGUGUUGAAUUUGUAUGUUGUGAACAUAUUGAUGAGGUUUUAUAGUGAAUGUGGUGUUUUGGAAGGUGCCCAGAAGGUGUUUGAUGGAAGUCCURAAAGAGAUUUGGUGACUUGGACUACUUUAAUUCAAGGUUAUGUAAGUAUGGGUUUCUGCGAGAAAGGAAUAGAGGUSUUUUACGAAAUGUGUGAUGCGGGUGUUAGAGCAGAUGAGAUGACAAUGGUGGUUUUGAUUUCAGCCAGUGCCAGAUUGAAAGAUCUGAACCUAGGUAAGAAACUUCAUGACUAUAUAUGCGAUCAUAACCUGAAUUUCGAUGUAUACRUAGGCAACGCUUUGGUUGAUAUGUAUCUAAAAUGCGGUGAAGCUAGUUUAGCUCUUAAGAUCUUUAACAAAAUGMCUGUGAAAAACGUAGUUUCUUGGAAUUCMAUAAUACUGGGCCUAGUUCACCAAGAAAAGUUCAAACUUGCUUUGAAUUUGUUCAAAGAGAUGCAGAAACAAGGUGUCAAACAUGAUGAAUUCACUUUAGUCGGUGUGCUUAAUUGCUGUGCUAAUUUAGGGACACUCAAAGAUGCCAUAUGGGUACAUUCUUAUAURGACACAAAUGGCAUUCGAGCCGAUGGAUUUAUAGGAAACGCACUUCUAGAUAUGUACAUGAAGUGUGGACACUUAAAGAAAGCAUAUAGUAUCUUUAACAACAUGAAACAUAAAGACGUUUAUACAUACACCAGUAUGAUAUUUGGGCUUGCCAUCCAUGGGGAGGCGAAAAGGGCACUCGAAAUUUUCUCYGAGAUGCCCAAAAUGGGAAURGUACCAAACGAUGUAACAUAUGUAGGGAUUCUUAUGGCAUGUGCCCAUGCUGGACUUGUAAAAGAAGGCUGCAACCAUUUUGUGGAAAUGUGGAUGGUUCACAAUAUUAAACCACAAAAAGAGCACUAUGGGUGUAUGGUUGACCUCUUUGGCCGUGCAGGGUUGUUAAGUGAGGCCGAAGAUUUURUUCAGAAUAUGAUCGUGGAACCUGAUGGUUUAGUCUGGGGAGCUUUACUAGCCGCUUGUAGGAUUCAUGGAAACGUUGAGAUUGGAGAAAGGGUGAUGGAAAAAUUGGAUAGGAUUGAUGAAGAGAAAGAUGGUGCGUAUAUACUAAUGUCGAACUUAUAUUCCUCUUUGUAUAGAUUUAGGGAUGCUGUAAAGUUAAGAAAGACGAUGAAACAAAGAAAGAUGAAGAAGAUUGCAGGUUAUAGUUCGAUUGAGGUUGAUGGCAUAGCGUAUGAAUUCCGAAAGGGGGAGAAAUCCAACAUCAAAUCUAAACAGAUAUAUAUGUUGCUUGAUGUAAUGGGAAAACAUUUGAAGAAUGGUGGGGAGAUAAUGUAAAGAUCAUACCAACA